GGAUGCCCUCUGUUUAUCUAAGUUUGAGAAUGACUGGCACAGUUCAAACAAUGGAGCUGCAUACACCAGCCAUAAUACCAGCUCCUGAAAAUCCCCCAACACCACCAGAUCGUACUGGCACAGUUCAAACAAUGGAGCUGCAUUCACCAGCCAUAAUACCAGCAACUGGAAAUACCCCAACACCACCAGAUCGUAACACUCCAACAAACACUCCAACAAACAGUAACGCAUGGUGGUGGUUUAAAAAAGCUGCCCUGCCCUUAGCAGUCGCUGGAGCCUCGGUUGUUGCAGCCCCUCUUGCUCUAUCCGCUGUAGGAUUUGGUGCUGGAGGCAUCGUAGCGGGAUCCUUGGCAGCGAAAGCGAUGUCCGCAAUCGCGAUGUCGAAUGGCGUUGGUGUAGGUGCCGGGACUUUCUUUGCGGCAUGCCAGUCAGCAGGGGCGGUAGGAUUAGCCGGAAGUACACUUACGGGGAUCGGGGUGGCAACUGGAACAGCCACAGCUGCUGUACAAGAAGGAAUAAAUCGCUUUAAAAGGAAUAACAACAACAACAACAAUGGGAAUAAUAGUGAAACAGAGGAAAACGAGGAAUCAGAAAAUGAGGAAGAGCUGGGAAGUGACGAGUUAUAGAUUGAUUAAUAAUCAUAUAUAAUAUUACAAAUUGUCACACUUGCCACAUGAGUGCAACGUCAUUGACUUGUAUUUCACGUAUUGUGUGUGUGUAUAUUUUGUAUUGUGCAUUUGAUUCUUGUGUGUCAAACAGAAAAGUACGUUCUUGAACAGUAUGACAUGUCCUGUUGGCUAUAUCUUCUACUUUAUCGCGAUUUUUGUUUUGAUUUUUUAGAAAUUUCAAACCAGCUUUGUACUGGGAAAAGUUCAAAAAAUCACUAUGAAAUAAAUACAAAACAUACAACUGUCAUCAGUUGAGACGUUUUCUAGAAUUGUAGCGUACAAAGUUCAGAAAAUUAUAGAACUUCCUAAAUUCAAGAAAAAAUGUGCUUGCUGCUAGAUACAGAUCAGCAGUCAUUAAUUCCCCUUAAAGAAUUAGGAGUAGAUAUAUGCGAAAUCAUAAUAAUUAAUGAGUGACGAAAAUAUUAGAUUUAGCAAUAUUUUAAAGAAGAUGUACUAAUAUUUAAGGUUUAUGUGCUAUGUCUUUGGCGUUUGCCCACUGCCAUUAAACCGGGUUUAUGUUUUAACUUUUUGCUUCUGAACUUGUUUCUGUAGCUUUUCGCAUAAAUAUUGAUAAAUAUUCAUUUUGCAUUGACUUUGUCUAAUUUGAA